AUGGACCCCGGCGGCGCCGCCAUUUUGGAGUCUUCGGAAAGGAAAAUUGUCUGCCGGCUUUUCGCGCCGCUACAGCCGCAACUGCCUGCGGUUUUGCCGGGCAGAAUGAAUGUGAUAGACCAUGUGCGGGACAUGGCGGCCGCGGGGCUACACUCCAACGUGCGGCUUCUCAGCAGCUUGCUACUUACAAUGAGUAAUAACAACCCUGAGUUAUUCUCCCCAUCUCAGAAGUAUCAGCUUUUGGUGUAUCAUUCGGAUUCUCUCUUUCAUGAUAAGGAAUAUCGGAAUGCUGUAAGUAAGUAUGCUAUGGCUUUACAGCAAAAGAAAGCCCUAAGUAAAACUUCAAAAGUGAGACCUUCAACUGGAAAUUCUGCUUCUACUCCACAAAGUCAGUGUCUUCCAUCUGAAAUUGAAGUGAAAUAUAAAAUGGCUGAAUGUUAUACAAUGCUAAAACAAGACAAAGAUGCCAUUGCUAUACUUGAUGGGAUCCCUUCAAGACAAAGAACUCCCAAAAUAAACAUGAUGCUGGCAAACCUGUACAGGAAGGCUGGUCAGGAGCGCCCUUCAGUCACCAGCUACAAGGAAGUACUGCGGCAGUGCCCAUUAGCUCUUGAUGCCAUUCUAGGUUUGCUAUCCCUUUCUGUAAAAGGUGCAGAGGUGGCAUCAAUGACUAUGAAUGUGAUCCAAACUGUGCCUAACUUGGACUGGCUCUCUGUGUGGAUCAAAGCAUAUGCUUUUGUGCACACUGGUGACAACUCAAGAGCAAUCAAUACCAUCUGUUCAUUGGAGAAAAAGUCCUUAUUGCGAGAUAAUGUGGACCUACUAGGAAGCUUGGCAGAUCUGUACUUCAGAGUUGGAGACAAUAAAAACUCUGUCCUCAAGUUUGAACAGGCACAAAUGCUGGAUCCUUAUCUGAUAAAAGGGAUGGAUGUAUAUGGCUACCUCCUGGCACGAGAAGGGCGGCUAGAGGAUGUGGAGAACCUUGGCUGCCGUCUUUUCAAUAUUUCUGAUCAGCAUGCAGAACCCUGGGUGGUCUCUGGGUGUCAUAGCUUCUAUAGCAAACGCUACUCCCGAGCCCUCUACUUGGGAGCCAAGGCCAUUCAGCUGAACAGUAACAGUGUGCAAGCUUUGCUACUUAAAGGAGCAGCACUUAGGAACAUGGGCAGAGUCCAAGAAGCAAUAAUCCAUUUUCGGGAGGCCAUACGGCUCUCACCUUGUCGCUUAGAUUGUUACGAAGGUCUCAUCGAAUGUUACUUAACCUCUAACAGUAUUCGAGAAGCAAUGGUAAUGGCUAACAAUGUUUACAAAACUCUAGGCGCAAAUGCACAGACCCUUACCCUUUUAGCCACCGUUUGUCUAGAAGACCCAGUGACACAGGAGAAAGCCAAAACUUUGUUAGAUAAAGCCCUGACCCAAAGGCCGGAUUACAUUAAAGCUGUGGUGAAAAAAGCAGAACUACUUAGUAGAGAACAGAAAUAUGAAGAUGGAAUUGCCUUGCUGAGGAAUGCACUGGCUAAUCAGAGUGACUGUGUCCUGCAUCGGAUCCUAGGAGAUUUCCUUGUAGCUGUCAAUGAGUAUCAGGAAGCAAUGGACCAGUACAGUAUAGCGCUCAGUUUGGACCCCAAUGACCAGAAGUCUCUAGAGGGGAUGCAGAAGAUGGAGAAGGAGGAGAGUCCCACAGAUGCAACUCAGGAGGAAGAUGUGGAUGACAUGGAAGGAAGUGGGGAAGAGGGGGACCUAGAGGGCAGCGACAGUGAGGCGGCCCAGUGGGCCGACCAGGAGCAGUGGUUUGGCAUGCAGUGAGGGGCACCGGCUGCCCGCCUGGACCGAAGGAGCUGGAGGAGCUGCUUCCAAGAAAACAGUGACUGUGUGUGCCUGCAGCUGGGCCUCCUGCCCCUCGCUCCCGAGUUCUAGUCGGGACUUUAUUUAACAGUGGGGCUGGCCAGUCUUCCAUGUGUCUCCAUCCUCCCCUGCUCUACCAGGGAGGACGAAGGCGUGCUCAUGCUGGGGCUUUGGUCAGAGCACUUUUGAUGUUUCAUUGCUGAAUCCAGAAGCUGGAAGAAUGGAGCAUUUUGUCUGUGACAUGGAUGGGUUUGAAGGAGUAACCCACCCUCCGAGAGGAAGAGUGUCAUCUCCCAAGGACAGUAGCAUGGUCUGGCCCUAUCAGAGAGGAUUUCCUGGUCCCAGAAGUCAUUGUCCUGUGCUGCCCAUGCUCCCCUGGUGACUUGCUUCCUUCUGCAGUGGUGGUGAUGCCUUUAGCUGGCAGUUGCUGUUUUGCAGAACAGCUUUCCUAUUUGCUGAGCUGGUACCUCGCCUUGGUCUGAAAAGCAGGUGUGACAAGAGCAUGACCAGGGUGCACCCGGGCAGUGGAGUAAUAAAACUGGUUCAUACAGUCA